AUGAAGCUCUCCAAUAUCUUUGCCCUCGCAACAGUGGCUCUGGCUGCUCCCCAGCCUCUGAUUACUCCUCCUCCUACUGCUGUCGAGAAGCGAGACGACCAGGCUGUUCUCGGAGCCGACGUCUGGAUCCAGACCAUGCCCAACGGCCAUGAGAAGCGAGUGACCCCCACCAUCAUUGACGGAGUCACCAUUUCCGGCAAGCCCCUCUCCGAUCACAACGGUACCCCCACCCCAUGGAACUCUCUGGACAACACCGGUAUCCCUUACCGAAUCACUCCCUCCAUCAAGAAGGAGAAGGACCAGCCCGCCGAGACCAUCUCUGCCUCUCCUUCCCCCCCUGCCAACUACCCUCAGUCUACGGACACUCCUCCCGUUCUUGGAUGCUGGGGAGACCGUCUUCCCGAGGACAACGAGAAGCUCCCCGGCUACCCCUUCUGCUCUCCUCAUAACGGUACCGAACUCGUUGCCGGUGAGACCUACUGGGUCACCUGGGACCCCUCUUACUGGGGAGGUGAUGACAUUGCUCAGGUCAAGCUGAUUCUGCGAUCUUUGCCUACCGGCACUGACGAUCUUAUGUUCGAGACUGAGCCCUUCGCCAACCGAAAGGGUUACUACCCCCUGGAGAUUCAGCGAUCGUGGACCAACAACGGCGGCUACUUCUUCAUCAACAUUGCUCCCCUCACUCGACCUGAUACCAAGGCCAAGAACGUCGGCACCAAGUCUGGACCUAUUGUUCGGGCUAUCAUGAGCAAGAACGACGGCAUCACCACCGUCUCCCGACUUCCUUCUGAGAACUCUCUGCAGCCUGGCAAGAAGCACAGCGGUGGAGGAAUCGGCAAGGGCGGAAUUGCUGCCGCUGUUGUUGUUCCUGUUGUUGUUGUCAUCCUCCUGUCCGGCCUCGGCUUCCUCUACUACCGACAGAAGAAGACCAAGCAGCAGCAAAUGUCUCAGGACCGAUCUUGGAACCCUGCCGAGAACGUGCGAAACAUGGACUCCAUGCCUCCUCGACGAUCGGACGUGUCUCUGGACCGAACCAUCUCCAUCGACACCCAGCACUCCAUGAAGGGCGACAACCCUUUUGAGGACCACCACUAA